AUGAGCCGUGACUGCCCCGAGGGUCCCAAGGACACCAAGACCUGCUACCGCUGCGGCCAGGCCGGCCAUAUCUCUCGCGACUGCCCCACCGGUGGUGACCAGGGUCCACGCCAGGGUGGUGGUGGUGGCAGCUCUGCUGAGUGCUACAAGUGCGGCGAGGUCGGCCAUAUUGCCCGCAACUGCCAGAAGGGCGGCAACUCCUAUGGUGGUGGCUACAACUCCGGCUAUGGUGGCAACUUCAACCAGAAGACCUGCUACUCUUGCGGCGGCAUGGGUCAUCUGUCCCGUGACUGCGUCAACGGCAACAAGUGCUAUAACUGUGGCGUUUCCGGCCAUCUCUCCCGCGAGUGCCCCAAGGAGUCUACUGGUGGCGAGAAGAUCUGCUACAAGUGCCAGCAGUCUGGCCACGUCCAGUCCCAGUGCCCCAACAGCGCUUAA